AUGGGACCUGAGGUGGACAUUGCCCACCCAUUCCAGGAACUGUGGCAGGUCCAGCCCACCCAUCCCAUGACCCAUGGCAGACAUCGCCCGCCCCUCCCGGGACCCGUGGCGGACAUUGCCCACCUGUCCUGGGACCCACAACCCGUGGCAAGCUCAGCCUGCCCAACCCUGGACCUGUGGCGGACAUCGCUCACCGGUCCCUGGCCCUGUGGUGGGGCCGGCUCGCACGUCCCAAAACCCAUUGCAGGAACAGACCGCCCGUCUCAGGAACCAUGGCAGACAUCGCUCGCCUGUCCUGGGACUAAUGGCAGGCCUGGCUGGCGCAUCCCGGGACACGUGACGGACAUAGUCUGCCCAUCCCGUGACCCGUGGCAGGCCUGGCCCGCCCGUCCGGGGACACGUGAUGAACAUUGCCUGCCAGUCCGCAGACCCAUUACAGCCCGAGAAUGGGACAUGUGGCAGGCAUUGCUCGCCUAUCCCAGGUCCCGUGGCGGACAUCGUCCGCCCAUCCCAGGACACGUGGCAGGACGGCCCACCUGUCCCAUACCCACGGCAGACAUCGGCUGCCCAUCCCAAGACCCGAGGUAUACAUCAUACUCAAGGAUAAAUCACCCGCCCAUCCCGGAACUGUGGUGGGCCCAGCCCACUUGUCUCGGAACACGUGAGGGACGUCGCCCACCCACAUGGGAUGCGGUAUGGCUGGGGGCAAACAUCAGCCGCCCGUCCCGCCCGUCCCCGGACUGGUGGCGGGCUCAACCUACCCAUCCCGGGACAUGUGGUGGACAUCACCCACCCGUCCCUGGAACUGUGGCAGACAUAGCCCACCCAUCCGGGUACCUAGACAGAAGGACAUCGCUUGACCUUGGCUGGCCCAGCCUGCCUGUCCAGGGACCACAGCUUGUCUGUCCCGGGACCAUGGCAGGCACAGCCCGUCCGUCCCAGGACCUAUGGCCAGCCAGGCCCUCCCGUCCCGGGACCCAAGGUGGGCAUGGUCAGCCUUUCCCGAAACCUGUGGCCGGCCAAGCCUGCCCGUCCUGGGACCCAUGGAGGGCCCGGCCAGAACAUCCCAAAACACAUGGCGGCCGCAGCCCACCCGUCCCAAGACCCAUGGCAGGUCUGGCCAGUACCGGCUGUCCUGGGAAGCGUGGCCGGUCGUCCUGUCUGGCCUGUCCCAUGACGUGCGGCCAGUCCAGCCAGGCCCGCCCAUCCCGGGAUGCUUGGCCAGUCCAGCACGGCCCACCUGUCCUGGGACCCGUGGCCUGUCAAGCCCGGCCCGCCCAUCCCGGAACCUAUGGCCACUCCGGCCCGGCAAACCCAUCCCGGGAACAGUGGCCGGUCUGGCCCGGAAUGCCCGUCCUGGUAACUGUGGCCGGUCCGGCCUGA